AUGUCGUUGCCCGGCAAGAUUAAUGAAGCGAAGCUGGAGCCCGACGUCCUCAACAGCCACGAGCGGCCUCAGAUCAUGCGAGCGGGUGGAAGCGCCGUCGCUGGCCAUGCAGUGGAAAGCGAGGAAGUGAUGUCGGAGAUGGAGGUCAUCAGCUACCCCGGUGGCCUUGCCGCGUGCGGGAAGGUCAGUGAUUAUGAGCUGCGUGCGCUGCCCGUGCCAGCUACUGUGAGAAGGCCAGGCAGUGGCCAGAGGCGUGAGCGCAGGUUUCGAACCACGCUCCCGAGGCCCCUGGACAAGUCACCCGCAGAAGCGUUCGGGGCUUCUUGGAUUCUGGGUAGUUGGGCCCCAAUCCAAGCCGGAGAGCUCGAAGGGACCUGA